AUGGAUGCGCCGGCCCAGCGACCAAGAGUCAAUCUUCCAUCUGGGGAGGCUGUGAUUGAGGUCAAGCUCAUCAACCCUGUCAAUUUUGGCCCAGCUAUAAUCAACAGGUUCAUGGCACCGCCUGUGCCUGGUCUUGACACCUUCAAGACAUCGCCAUCACUAUCCUUUCUCUUGGAACACCCCUCGGGCCGAAAGGUGGUGUUUGACCUAGGUAUCCGAAAGGACUAUUGCAACUAUUCAGCCAAGAUCACCAGCUAUCUGCCAACCACAAACUACAACAUAGAGGUUGAGAAGAACGUUGCUGAGAUCUUGGAGGACGGUGGGGUGUGUUUGGACGAUGUUGAGGCAGUAGUUUGGAGUCACUGGCAUUGGGACCACAUCGGAGACCCUUCCACGUUUCCCAGCUCUACCGAUCUGGUGGUGGGGCCUGGGUUCAAAGCCGCAAUGCUUCCUGGGGCUCCAACUAACCCGGAAUCUCCAAUAUUGGAAGCCGACUACACGGGGCGCAAUCUUAGGGAAAUUGAGUUUUCGGGGCCAAACUCUCUGACGAUAGGAAAAUUCCCAGCAUUCGAUUACUUUGGAGACGGGUCAUUCUACCUACUGGACAGCCCAGGACACGCGGUCGGGCACCUCUGUGGCCUUGCUCGUACUACAUCAGCCCCGGCUACGUUCGUGCUGAUGGGCGGAGAUGUCUGCCAUUACGCAGGGAUCAUGAGACCUUCAGUCCAUCUCCCAAUGCCAGCAUCGAUCUCACCGCACCCAUGCCAUCCCAGCAGCGAUGUUGCUCUCUGCCCGGGGCAUGCUUUUGAACAGCUUCAGAGCUCAAGGGGGCGUAAACCCACAGAUACGCUCUACGAUAUAACAUUCGGCCUUGAUAUUCCACUAGCAACGCAGACCGUGGGACAACUACAGGAGCUGGACUGCGAUGAGAACAUCUUCGUAGUCAUAGCCCACGACUCGACAGUCCGCGAUGGAGUGCCACAUUUCCCAGCAAGUCUCAACAAAUGGAAGGAGAAAGGUUGGGGUAGUGGCUUAAAAUGGGCGUUCUUGCAAGAUUUGGAGACAUACUGGAAGUCGAAGGGACUCGCAUGA